CACCCAGGAGCUUCCCAACCUGGAGUUGAGGGAAGACGAGGUGGAGGGCAUUGCAGAAGGCAUUGAGGCUGCCCUCUUCCACCUGACCCAGGACACCAACCUCCGCUACAAGAGCAAGUACCGUAACCUGCUCUUCAACCUGCGGGAUCCCCGAAAUGACCUGUUUCUCAAAGUGGCUCACUGUGAUGUCACCCCUAAGGACCUGGUACAGAUGAGCUCAAUCCAGCUGGCCCCGAAGGAGCUGUCCCGCUGGCGGGACCAGGAGAAGAGAAGGAGCCUGGAUAUCAUUGAGCAACAACAGAAGGAACCGUACAGGCUUCCCGCCUCCAAACUGACUCACAAGGGCGAGGUAGAGAUCCCUCGGGACUCGGACCAGAUGCUGACCUUGGAAGACCUGAUGGAACCCAUGGUGCCCAGAGAGUGCAGCCUACAGGCCCUAACGACCCCCCUGGAGGACACCACAGAUUGGCAUCAGCACCACCUCUGUGACUCCAGCUGCCAGAUCUGCACGGGUGGGAAGGGAGGCAGGAAGGCUGACAGUGGGAGCCAGCCAGAGCUACAAGCUGGCAUCAGCCACAGCAUGGAUCAGAAAUCCUCAACUAAACUGCCAGCCUUCUCCCCGGCCGCCAUGAACGAGGAGGAAAACACCAUCCAGAAAGCCCCAAGUCCAGUUCCUGUGUCCUCUCCAGAGAUGCUCAAAGUUGGGAAGACACCCCCUAAGGAACCACAAGACAGGUAUGGGAUUGCUCACAAAGCUUCUUGGUUCCCUCCUGCUCAAGGCCAAUGCUUGGAUCAGUGUUCAGGUCUCUACAGUGAGAACACAGCCCUUACUGACUUUGCAAACAAAAGGGACCGUGGGGAUAUCCCAAUGAAUGACUCUGCUUGGCCCUGCCCUGUCCCUUCUUCUAGGCUCCAGAUGCCUGCUGGGCCCAAACCUGUCCCGCCCAGCCCUCCGCCCUGGGAGGGUUCACUGGACAUGUUCUCCAUCAAGCACUUCCGGACCAAGGCGCAGCUGAUCUCCGGGCACAGCUGUCAGCUUGUCCAGGGUCUGCCAGAGGUCAUUCGCUCAGCAGGCCGCCUCCCUCCAAACCACAUCUGGGAUCUUCUAGACAGUAUGGGCCCAUCCAGGGCAAAGGACAUCUGUGUGGUCAGAUUGAGUCCCCACGGGUCUCGGGACAUCCAGAACUACCGUUUGCUCUACUCCUACCUCAACGACAAGCAGUGCCACUGCCUGGCGACCGUGCAUCAUGUGAAAAUGGUCCUGAUGCCCUUGCCUGCCUUUGAGCCUCUGCCAGCCAGGCUGCGCCCUCUGGGGGGCCCAGGUCUUGAAACUGCUCACACGAGCCUGUUACUGGCUGUGCUGUUCCCAGAGGAUGAGCUUCCAGACACAGCUCUGUCCAGCCCCGUGUGGAGCAAGGCUCCAAAGACCGUGUCUUUCAGCAAAAAGGUGGAAAGGAUCCGAUACUCAUCAGAGGACAGGAGGUCAGAGGCCACCCCGAGAGGACCAUCUCCCCAUGAGGAGGAGCCAAAGCAGAGCUUGGCCCAGGGCAACCUGGCUCCAAGGAGUGUGUGUGCUCCACAGAGCCUCUCCAGAGGCAGGGGAAGUGAGCCUGGGUGGGGACAGUGGUCCUCAGAAGCAGGCUGGCACUACUCCCAGCACUACUCCCAGCAUCCCAAUCCAGCAGGACCCAUGUUCCCUGGCAUCAGCCGUGGACAGCACCUCCACAGGGCCUCCUGUUUCCACCAUGACCUACACCAGCACCUCAAGGUCUUAGUGACCAUGAGUCACCAGUUCCAGGCCUCACUGAGGCCCCAAGGCCAGGAUUCCUGCCUCCCAUCUACCGUAGUAUCUGUAGUUCCAGAUCCCCCUGGGUCUUCUUCAGGCCCUUUGGAUGGAGGUGGCUCUGGCUGUCCCCUGCCAGAGGGGCCUGACCCUUUAGAGCUUCCAGAAUAG